AGUGCCAUCGCUGAUUUUCCACCUCUAGACACCAACAAACGUAACACAACAAUACAAAAAUAAAAACAAUUAAAAUUCCUUAAUCAAACUUAAAUGUGCUUCAAUUGAAUUGUGAAAAUCUGUGAUUCGAGAAUGUUACGAUCGCUCCUAUUAUCGUAAGAUGCCGGUACAAACAAAAACAGAUCGGCAUGACUAACGAUGAGAUUGCGGAGCUGAUUUAAAUGGAAAACUUUAAAAACAACAACGGGCCCAGUCUGGUGAUAACGACAAGAGCGAAAACUAAACUAACAAUUGCAUGCGACGCGCUAAAGAAAUGCGGAGAGUGAAAGCGACGCAAAAUCGCCAUUAGAAGCAGGUGGAUAGUGGAGAGCGGCUUUCCAAACGAAAGAUCUCCGGAUCGUAACGUCAUGAAUGAGCCUUCCAUCAUGGAUCGCUCUUGCAUGGACAGCAUGCAAAACAUGGACAACAUGCAGAUGCAAUGGCACCAAGAUCAAAGCAUGGGCCUCCCCCUGAUGGAUGUGACGGGGCAGGAGCUUAACCACAGGUUCUCCGUUGACCUGUGGCGGAACGAAUGGCCCGAAUACGUUAAUUUAAUCUGCAUGCUGCCCAAUGCCUUCCUCACAGUACUCACCACCCACUCAACGACUUCCAUCAGGGACAUAAAGGUGGAGCUGGUCCAAAUAGCAAAGCAGAUGCCAUUGGGGGAGUUGAUCAAAAACGCCUGCGACUAUCAAGUGUAUGGCAUCUCAACGUUCAACAUUGAACCGUAUAUUGAUGAAACUAAACGCAUAUGCGAAGUCCAGCCAUAUUUUGGACUGAUACGCCUGAGCGAUCGGACUGAUGACACUAGCUUCUCUAGCGACUAUGAGCUGGCCAAGUUGGUCAGCGGCAUGAUCGGCAAAUCCUUCGACCACCAUCGUACGCUGGGCACGCCCGAAAUCGACGACUUCCGACUAAACAUGACGCAGAUCUGCGACAACAUUGAGAUGGAACGGUCCUUGUACACUUGGCAGCAGUGGCUGCUAUACGAGUACCCCCUGAGACUGGCCAACUCAACAAAGAUGCCCCAUCUCAUACGCGAAAGGCAUCCAACGCGCACCUUCCUGAUCGUGGUGAAGAACGAAAAUGAUCCGAGCACAUUCACAUUAUCCGUAAGCGAACAGGACACACCGUUGUCGCUGACGGAAAGCUCACUUCAAAAGAUGAACCGGUCGCAGAUGAAGAUGAUCGACCGCGCCUCAGACUACAUACUCAAGGUUAGCGGCCGGGACGAGUAUCUUUUCGGAGACUACCCGCUAAUCCAGUUCCUGUACAUCCAGGAAAUGCUCUCAGACACAGCGGUGCCAAAUGUGGUGUUGCAGUCGAUAUACCGACUCGAGCCUUACUUAAACCACAGCAAUGAUCAGAAAAUGGUGCCGAGGCGGGUGCCGCCCAAGAAGAAGUACGCUAUAAUGCCGAAGGCACCAACAUCGCUUUGGGACAUGGGGAACUACUUCCAGUUCACGUUGCACAGCAUUGCCAAUGUGAACUACGACAAAACGCGAGCCCUUAAGGUCGGUGUGCAUGUGGGCCUGUUUCACGGCGAGCAGCAGCUGUGCGCCCAGCGAACGUUCGACGCGCCCAACAGUGGCUCGGAUACGUUCUCCUUCAACGAUCUGGUGAUAAGUUUUGACAUUCAAAUGCGCAACCUGCCCCGAAUGACACGGCUCUGUAUAGUGAUCUUCGAGGUGACGAAGAUGUCCCGUUCGAAGAAGUCAUCCAACAACAAGGACAACUCCUUGAAGGACGUCUCCUACAACAAGAACCCACUGGCCUGGGUAAACACAACACUCUUCGACUAUAAGGAUAACUUGCGCCGCGGCCACCAUACGCUCUACACAUGGACGUAUGCGGAUGACAUCCAAUCGGACGAAGUUUUCCAUCCGCUGGGGACCAUCGAAUCGAAUCCACGCAAGGAGGAGUGCGCCCUGUUGCAUCUCACAUUCCACAGCAACGGAACGGGAUGCGUGCGUUACCCCAGCGAGGAGGCUGUGCUGCAGUUCGCUGCUGAUCGCGCGGCAGCUAGUCUGUGGGAAGCUCAGCUGCAGCAGCCACAGAAACUGACGGAAAACCCUCUCAAGAUGCUUAAGGAUCUUCUGGCCAACUACUCGGGCCUGGAUAAGAUCUACGAAAUGGUCGACCAAGAUCGCAAUGCCAUUUGGGAGCGAAGAUAUGACAUUAUGCGAGAGUUGCCUGAAGAGCUUUCCAUUCUGCUGCACUGCGUCUACUGGAAGGAGCGCGACGAUGUGGCAGACAUCUGGUAUCUUCUAAAGCAGUGGCCCCUCAUCUCAAUUGAACGGUCUCUGGAGCUGCUUGACUAUGCUUAUCCCGAUCCGGCGGUACGACGCUUUGCUAUCCGGUGCCUGCAGUAUCUCGACGACGAGGACCUGUUGCUUUACCUCCUUCAACUGGUGCAGGCCAUCAAGCAUGAAUCUUAUCUGGAGAGCGAUCUGGUAGUGUUCCUGCUGGAGCGAGCACUGCGCAAUCAGCGCAUUGGGCACUACUUCUUCUGGCAUCUGCGCUCCGAGAUGCAAACGCCUUCCAUGCAGACCCGGUUCGGCCUCCUAUUGGAGGUCUACCUGAAAGGCUGCAAGCAUCACGUGGCGCCACUGCGGAGGCAGUUGCAAGUGCUGGAAAAACUAAAGCACAGCUCUGUGAUUGCCAAGAAAGGCAGCAAGGAGAAGGUCAAGUCGUUGCUGCAGGACUUUCUGCGAGAUCAACGAAACACUGGAAUCUUCCAAAACAUAUUAAAUCCGCUGAAUCCUAGCUUCCGCUGUAGUGGCGUUUCGCCAGACAAGUGCAAGGUAAUGGACAGCAAAAUGCGUCCCCUUUGGGUGGUGUUUGAGAAUGCGGACAAGACCUCCAACGAAGUAUGCAUCAUCUUCAAAAACGGCGAUGAUCUGCGCCAGGACAUGCUUACGCUGCAGAUGUUGCGGGUCAUGGAUCAGCUAUGGAAACGAGAUGGUAUGGACUUCCGCAUGAACAUCUACAAUUGCAUCAGCAUGGAGCAACGCUUGGGCAUGAUCGAGGUGGUCCGCGACGCCGAGACUAUUGCCAACAUCCAAAAAGAGAAGGGAAUGUUUUCGGCCACGGCAGCAUUCAAAAAGGGCUCCCUCUUCAGCUGGUUGAAGGAGCACAAUCCGAACCCAAACAGUCUGAGCAAGGCCAUCAACGAGUUUACGCUGAGUUGCGCCGGAUACUGUGUAGCUACAUAUGUUCUUGGCGUGGCCGAUCGUCACUCCGACAAUAUAAUGGUUAAGAAGAAUGGACAGCUCUUUCAUAUCGACUUUGGCCAUAUCCUGGGACAUUUCAAGGAAAAGUUUGGCGUGAAGCGCGAGCGUGUCCCAUUUGUGUUGACUCAUGACUUCGUGUACGUUAUCAACAACGGCUGCAACGAUCGCGAGGCAAAGGAAUUUUGCCACUUUCAGGACUUGUGCGAGAGAGCCUUCUUAGCUUUACGCAAACACGGCUGCCUUAUUUUAUCGCUGUUCUCAAUGAUGAUUUCAACGGGACUGCCAGAACUGUCCUCCGAGAAGGACCUGAACUAUCUGCGUGAAACUUUAGUUCUCGACUACACGGAGGAGAAAGCACGUGAACAUUUCCGGGGAAAGUUCAAGGAAGCUUUGGCCAACUCCUGGAAGACUUCCCUCAAUUGGGCCUCGCACAACUUCUCCAAGAACAACAAACAGUAAACAGACAACUGAAUCGACUUAAAAAUCUUAGCAACACACAACCCCAUUCUCACGCACACAACCGCUCACCCAGUCUAAGUGGAUCCACCUUUCGUUUCUGCCUGCCUGCCUUUUCGUGCCUCUGGGACAGGCGUAGUACAAUUUUUUAUCCAAUUCAUAAAGUUCAAAGCUAUGUGUUCACUAUGUUAGGCCGAAAUAUACAAAAACGAAAAACUACACACCCCCCACACACACACAUACUACACACAGGCAAACCCCCUUGACCUGAUAAUGUCUAGCUGAUAAUGUCGUCCCCAUAAGUGCUCCAAUAUAAUUUACUGUUUAAUUUUGUAAAUUUACAUAUGUGUACGUGUAUACCAACUAUUGUAACUUAAAUCAUUUAGUAUCCCCCCCCGUCGUGAAGUGACCCUUGGACCCUGAAAUUGUUUUGUUGUCUAUUUUGUUGUUGUUUCAACACCUUCACCCGUGCACACUCGGGCAUACAUGUGCAAAAAAUUGUAUCCUAUUAUGCUAUAUUAAUUUAAGAGACAUUAAUUCACUAAGUUUACAAUUAACGGAUUGAUGAAUAGCCCCAGAUUAUAAUUAUUUGUGUACUAUAAUUUGUGUCUGCCUCUGUUGCCAGCAACAAGACAUCAGCAUGUUCAUGUUUUCCGGUUUCUUUCAAUAAUGUUAUCUAAUAUUUGUAACGUAUUUUGUAAAUCACUGGAUAAUUACAAUUAAAUGAAACAAUAUAAAUACAAAAACCGAACGAAUGUAUACAAUUUAAUCGAAACGUGAAGAAAUAUAGAUACACAGUGUGCUUCUAUGUUUACCCAUAGACUGUAUUUGUCA